AUGUCCAAGAAAGGGCGAAACAAGGGCGAGAAGCCCGAGGCACUCAUUGUCGCCCUUCAAGCUGCCAACGAAGACCUCAGGACCAAACUCACAGACAUUCAGAUAGAAUUGCAUCAAGAGAAGUCCAAGGUAUCAAAGCUUGAAAGAGAGAAGACGCAAGAAGCAAAGAGGAUUCGUGAGUUGGAGCAGCGCAAGCACACGGUCCUGGUGACAGAGCUCAAAGCCAAGCUCCAUGAGGAGAAGAUGAAGGAGCUGCAGGCGGUGAGGGAGAAUCUCAUCAAGCAGCAUGAGCAGGAAAUGUCAAGGACAGUGAAGGUACGGGAUGGGGAGAUCCAGAGACUCAAGUCUGCCCUGUGCGCCCUCCGGGAUGGCAGCAGUGACAUAGUAAGGACAGCUCUCACCAUUGAGGCCAGGGAGGAGGCCCGGAAACAGUUCGAUGCAGAGCGUCUGAAGCUCUUGCAGGAAAUUACAGACCUGAAAACUGCCAAGAAGCAGGUGGAUGAGGCUCUGAGCAAUAUGAUCCAAGCGGACAAAAUCAAGGCUGGUGACCUUAGGAGUGAGCAUCAAUCCCACCAGGAAGCCAUCUCGAAGAUCAAGUGGGAGUCAGAACGGGACAUUAGGAGGCUGAUGGACGAAAUCAAAGCCAAGGACAGGAUCAUCUUUUCCCUGGAAAAGGAACUGGAGACUCAGACAGGCUAUGUACAGAAACUCCAACUGCAGAAGGAAGCUUUGGAUGAGCAGCUCUUCCUGGUCAAGGAGGCAGAGUGUAACAUGAGCAGUCCGAAGAGAGAGAUUCCGGGAAGGGCGGGAGAUGGCUCCGAACACUGCAGCAGCCCGGAUUUGCGAAGAAAUCAAAAGAGAAUAGCUGAAUUGAAUGCCACUAUAAGAAAGUUAGAAGAUAGGAACACCUUGCUUGGAGAUGAGCGAAAUGAAUUGUUAAAACGUGUGCGGGAAACUGAAAAACAAUGCAAACCUCUCCUGGAAAGGAACAAGUGCCUCGCCAAGAGAAACGAUGAACUGAUGGUGUCUUUGCAGCGCAUGGAGGAGAAACUAAAAGCUGUAACCAAGGAAAACUCAGAAAUGAGAGAAAAAAUAACAUCUCACCCACCCUUAAAGAAACUGAAGUCUCUGAAUGACCUUGACCAAGCUAACGAAGAACAAGAGACAGAAUUUCUGAAACUGCAGGUCAUUGAGCAGCAGAACAUCAUUGAUGAGCUCACAAAGGACCGAGAAAAACUCAUCCGUAGGAGAAAGCACAGGAGAAGCUCGAAGCCAAUCAAGAGGCCUGUUUUGGAUCCAUUCAUUGGCUAUGAUGAGGACUCCAUGGAUUGAGCAACAUCAUCCAUGGCUUCCUUUAAAUGUCACUUUUCACACAAAACAAGGGACACAGACAUAGUAUAUUUACUUUUGGACUUUUUGUUUUUCAAACCCCAGAGUCUAGCUGCUGAAGAAUCCGAGCUAAGAUUUCGACAAUUAACAAAAGAAUACCAGGCCCUCCAGAGAGCAUAUGCCCUCUUGCAGGAGCAGACUGGGGGCAUCAUAGAUGCUGAAAGAGAAGCCAAGGCACAAGAGCAGCUCCAAGCAGAGGUGCUAAGAUACAAGGCCAAAAUCGAAGAUCUGGAGGCAACGUUAGCUCAGAAAGGGCAGGAUUCACACUGGGUAGAAGAUAAACAACUUUUCAUUAAGAGAAACCAGGAGCUUUUAGAAAAGAUAGAGAAACAGGAAGCAGAGAAUCACCGGCUACAGCAGGAACUUCAGGAUGCCAGAGACCAGAAUGAGCUGCUGGAGUUUCGCAACCUAGAACUAGAAGAGAGAGAGAGGAGAUCACCUCCAUUUAACCUACAAAUUCACCCCUUCUCUGAUGGUGUGAGUGCUCUGCAGAUCUACUGCAUGAAAGAAGGUGUCAAGGAUGUCAACAUCCCUGAUCUCAUAAAGCAGCUUGAUAUCCUGGGCGAUAAUGGGAACUUAAGGAAUGAAGAACAGGUGGCCAUAAUUCAGGCCAGCACUGUGCUGUCACUGGCAGAGAAGUGGAUCCAGCAGAUUGAAGGAGCAGAAGCUGCCCUGCACCAGAAAAUGAUGGAACUGGAAAGUGACAUGGAACAAUUCUGCAAAAUAAAAGGCUACCUGGAGGAAGAACUAGACUACAGAAAACAAGCUCUUGACCAGGCAUAUAUGAGAAUCCAGGAACUAGAGGCUACCUUGUACAAUGCUCUCCAACAAGAAACUGUGAUCAAGUUUGGUGAACUGUUAAGUGAUAAACAGCAAGAGGAGCUGAGGACGGCUGUAGAAAAGUUACGGCGACAGAUGCUGAGAAAGAGCAGGGAGUACGACUGUCAGAUUCUCCAGGAGAGGAUGGAGCUCUUGCAGCAAGCCCACCAGAGAAUCCGUGACCUAGAAGAUAAGACAGACAUCCAAAAACGGCAGAUAAAGGACUUAGAAGAAAAGUUUCUGUUUCUAUUCUUGUUCUUCUCUCUUGCCUUCAUUCUAUGGCCUUGA